AAAGAAGUCGAGAAAAGAAGAACCAAGUUUUAUUUAAAAUAUUUGAGAGAAUCCCUUCAAAGCCAAGUCAAGUUUGGUAUGCUAAUUAAGUAUCUGAUUUCAGUCAUUUAUAAUUGAGGCAAUUUCCUGGAACGCGGUUCGCAGUUACCUGAUAGCUCUAUCUGUGACGUCACAGAUUGGUGGGAAUCAAAAUGGAAAUUCCCCCCCCAAGGGACAAUUUUAUCAGAGGUGCUGAAAUUUUCAUUCCUGUUAUGAAUUCUCUGAAAAAUUCUGUAUUGUGUGUCUUUGUCUUAAUUCUUCCAGCACUCCACUCUACAGCAGAUUUUUUUGCCGAUGAAGUGGCAACCAAACUCGCUGCUUUCAAUGAUGAGUUUGCUGAAAUGUGGUGGCUUCACCAGUCUGCCGAUUGGAACUAUUCAACCAACAUCACAUCAGAGAAUGCGCGAGCUCACCAGUAUGCGCUUGUAGCUUACAGCGACUGGAUGAGAAAGUGGAAACUAUGGGCCAAAGAGGUACGCUACACAAGGCAUUUAAACCCUCAAAUGAAAAGGGAUCUAGAUAUUAUGGCUUCUGGUGUCGUAUUCAUGAACUCGGAUGACGCAAAGCAAAUUUCUGAAAUAAAAUCGAAACUUUUAGAAAUCUACAGUUCGGCAACAGUUACCAUUCCUGGUAACAGAACUUUGGUUGGUGAAGAAACGGUGAUGGCUGCCAUGGCGAGCAUAAGAGAACCAUUUCAACUGAAGCAUAUCUGGAAGACAUGGAUAGAGGAAGUGGGCGAGAAAGGAAAACAUCAUCUCCUUGGAAUAAUUCAACUGACCAAUAAAGCUGCCAGAGAUAAUGGUUAUUCGGACACAGGAGAAGCGUGGAGAGCAGAACUAGGAAUGGAGGAUUUAGUGAGUGACGUCCUCAAUUUGUGGAAUGACGUCAAAGGAUUCUACGGACAACUACACGCUUACACCAACCACAGAUUGCGUAUGUUCUAUGGUCAUCAACACUUCAGGCACGAAGGAUACAUUCCAGCACAUUUAUUAGUUAAGUAGAUCCAUAUUAUUAUGGAUUUUAUAGAUAUUCGAUAGAUAUCGAUAUCAUUUGAUAUCGAUUUGUAGCAGUUAUUAAAGUAUGCAUACUAAUUAAAUAGCCAAUAAACCAUAACUUUUAAAAACAUGACAGUCUGUUAUAUGGUUUUAGUUUGUUAAAAUUAGAUUUACCAAGCGGGGGUUGCAAGUCACAGCUGAUUUAUUUUCAACCAUUAAAUAAAAAUUUCAAUUGGUUACAAGCAAUCGACUACUUUUGAUCAAAAUAUGAUUAGAUUUAAUCAUAAUUGAAAGCGCCAUUUUUAAGUUAAUAAGCUUUUUUUUAAAUUUUCUUUUUCUUGUCUGCAAGCUCAAAUGUAUAAAUCUCCAGCACUCAUGUGGUUAGUUG